ACCUUACAUCUAUGAAUUCGGGGCAAUUGUUUCGUCAAGCCAUAGCGAAACAAUUAGCUCAAAAAACCUCAUGUUCAGAAACUUUAGCUUUACGACUACUGGGUACCCCUAAAGCAACCAAACGACAACAAUUCGGAAUACCUAUACCAAAACUUUUACCACAAGCAAAGAACCCUACUCAAAUAUGUCAAGAUAUUGCUCAAAGGUUUGAACCUGAUUCAUGGAUUGAAAAAGCAACCGCAAAAGGACCUUUCUUACAGUUUGACCUAUCUUUACCUAAAUAUAUUCGACAUACUUUGAACCAAGUUUAUCAACAAGGUGACACUUAUGGAAUACAACUUUCACCAAAGAAUCCAAAGACGAUACUUGUCGAUUAUAGCUCUCCCAAUAUUGCCAAGCCUUUCCAUGCAGGUCAUCUACGCAGUACAAUUUUGGGUAACUUUAUCAAACGUUCUCAUGAGGCAAUGGGACACCGUGUUAUUGGGAUUAACUAUCUUGGUGAUUGGGGAAAACAAUAUGGUCUUCUCGCUGUAGGAUAUGAAAAAUAUGGUGAUGAAAAAGAAUUACUCAAGGAUCCAAUCCAGCACCUUUACAAUGUUUAUGUGGCUAUCAACAAGGAUGCAAUGGAAAAUAUGGACGUUGAUCAAAAAGCAAACGAUUAUUUCAAGCGAAUGGAACAAGGCUCUCAACGUGAACUUUCACAAUGGCAACGUUUUCGGGAUAUCAGUAUCGAAUUUUACCGCACCAUUUAUCAACGACUAAAUAUCGAAUUUGAUCAAUAUUCUGGUGAAUCACAAACUGAAGGAUAUAUCAAUCAAGUGUACGAUUUACUAGAGAAAAAGAAAUUAUUGACAGAAACAGAUGAUGGUGGUAUUUGUGUGGAUCUAGAACAUUACAGCUUAGGCAAACCUAUCAUUAGGCGAUCAGAUGGUACUACAUUAUAUAUGACCCGUGAUUUGGCCAGUUUAUUGAUGCGCUCUGAACUUUAUUCCUUUGAUAAGGCGAUCUAUGUGGUUGGAACAGAACAAUCAUUAUAUCUACAACAACUUUUCAAAAUAUGGGAUCUUAUGAAGAAUGGUGUCGAUCAACAACAAGAAUUAUGUCAUGCUAAUUUUGGUCGUAUUCAAGGUAUGUCUACACGUAAAGGAACAGUCGUCUUUCUUCAAGAUAUUUUGGAUACUGCUAAAGAAAAGAUGAUGGAAAAUAUGCAACAAAGUGACAACAAGUAUAUAGAAUUGAUGACAGAUGGAAUACAAAUGGAAGAUAAAUCAUCAACAAUGGUUUUGAAAGGACAGGCAGCAGUAGAUUAUGUAGCUGAUCGAUUAGGAACAUCUGCUGUGAUUAUACAAGAUAUGGUGGCCAAACGAAUUAAAAAUUAUACAUUUUCAUGGGAUCGAAUGACGGCCGCACGAGGUUAUACCGGUGUCUACCUACAGUUUACAUAUGCAAGACUCUGUGGCAUUGAAAGGAAAUCUCAAGUGGCUAUCAAAUCUGAUUGUGAUACUUCUCUUCUGUUAGAAUCAGAUUGUGCUAUAGAUCUUGUUUUGACAAUAUCACAGUAUCCAGAUAUUGUUCAUCAAUCCUGUCUAUCAAUGGAACCCUCUACCCUGGUGCAAUAUCUUUUCAAAUUGUGUCAUAGUAUUAGUCAAUCAACUGCUAAUCUACGGGUCAAGGAUGUGAAUGACAUGAAAUUAGCUGAAGCAAGGAUGCUCUUAUUUUGGUCAGCAAAGGUAACUCUAGCAAAUGGGUUAAGAAUCUUGGGAAUGAAUCCACUUGAACGUAUCUAGGUUGUAGAGCAUGAAUGAAGUUUUGGGAAAAUCUAAUUUGGUCUCCGCUGCGG